AUGCUGCCCCUGAGGUUUCUCUGAGGCCCGAGGUGCCCAGCGACGUGGAAGGAGUUCUCCCAUCGCCCCGCCCAGCAUCCUUCCCCACAGCAGAGGGGGCAAAGGGCAAGCCCGUCACCCCAGGGCUUGCCCUAGCACAGCCAGCCCAGACUCUCCACGCAGGUCCCUCUACCAGAAGGACCCGCUACCACAUCACCGUCACCCUACAGGAGUGCAGGCGGGCACCCAAGGAGGAGGCUGAGGAGCCCAAACCGGCCCAACCAGAUCCCCACCCCUGCGGCUCUGAGGAAUCCAGGGGCUGGUGGGAGCCUCCCCAGGAGCCCCGCCCCAUCCCGGGGUGCCCGAUCGACCUGCCCCAGGAGUCCUGGCUAAGAGUCCGAGGACAUCAGGGGAGCACGGCCCAGUGGCAGGAGCUCCCGACUAGCAGGACAUCUGGGUCCCCCCACGGACGACGGGAGCUGGACCACUGUGAGUCGAGGACGCCUCUGGGGCCCGGCAUGGAGGAGGAAGACGGGCCCCCAGCCCGGGCUGAGGCCCCAGUAGUGAGCGCCACAUUGGUGUGGCGGCAAAGGCCCCCUGCCCAGGAAGAAAACAGACACCGAUUUCACAAGGUGUCUCUGGUGUCAGGGACGCAGGCGGGUGGCUUCCGGGAGGUGGCCAAGCACAGCCACCGGCCAGAGCAAGUCAACGGCUUUGUUUCCCGGGAGGAAGAGACUGUGAAUCACCAGAGCACCCAAGGGGGGCCUGCCUGGAGCUUUCAGAGUCAUGAGCCCAUCUUUUCCAAGAGGUACGCACCACCCCCCAAGGAGAGGUGGCCAGCGGGGAGGCUGAAGAAGGCUGUCGACCAGAGGGAUGGCAGCCUCCAGCCCCCCAGGACUACGGAGACCCCAGGCCCAGGUGCCCUGGCCGGGUCCGAGUUCUUGGUGGCCCAGCCCGGGCCACGGGAGCCAAGCCCCCACCCAGCGAUGGGCCUCGCCAUCCAGGGCUCUCAGAUGUCCGAGGAACGGCGGGUAACACGCACUGUACGGACUACCAUGGUGGUGGCAGGGCAGGUAGACCGGCGAGUCAACAGCUCUGUGACCGUGAGGCCCAUGCUGUCGGGUGAGGCCCUGCCAAGAGGCCGUAAUGCUGUCCGCACAGUCCGGGCAGUGGUGGUGAGAGCCCGAACGGAGGGUUCCCCCAGCCACAGCCAGGCCCUGGAGCUGCUCACGAGCCUGGUGCCUCCUGAGUGCAAGCCACCUGCCAGCCGGCUGCCCAAGCCCACGCUCAUUGUACCACGGAGCCCCGCUCUGGAUGGCCCUGGAGGGGCAGUCCCGGGGCAGCUGCCUGAGAAUGGGGCACCAGAGCCAAAGGACAGAACUGCCCUGGACCCUGGAGGCUUCCCAGUGGGUACCUACCCCCCUCACAGCCAGCACGUCCCUGCAGCCCACCCAGAGCAAGACCAGGGCAAGGCCCUGAGGACCAGGACCCAGGAGGUCCCUGGGGUACCACGAGCUUCAAGUCCCACUCAGCUCUCUCUCCAGACUUCUCGGGACCGCACAGCAGGAUCUUCUGCCCCCAGACUUCAGACCUCCCUGGGUCUAGCCCAGCCCCCAAAGCAGCUUGCAGUGCCCACUCACCCCAGGACCCAGCAUACUCUGGAGCCCCGGGAAUCCCACGACCUGCACCCUGGCAAAAGGGAAGAGCUCACAGACCCCCCCGCUGCCACCAGCCAGCCUGUGUUGAGGAACAAGGUCAGCAUGGCCUCCACGCAACUUCCUGCCCCAUCCUCAACCAACAGGCAGGCUGCCCCCAGCCCCGCAGGGAUUGCUCCUCAAGCCUCCCCAAGCAGCACGGCUGCUCAGGCCCAGGAAGACAGCCCUGUCUUCUCCCUCGUCCAGAAGGAGGGAGCACAGGGGCCUGAGGGCCCACCCCCCAAACCAGUCAAAGUGGUCCAGAACCCAAAGGACCACUUUAGCUCAGCCUCUGCCUCCAAAGAGGUUGUCCAGGGUACCGAAGGCCGUCUGGCCCCUUCUCUCACUGAGGAAGAAGUUGUCCAAGGCCCGGUGGCUCCAGAGGAGCCAUCCCUCAAACAGGAAGAGGUUGCCCGGGGCUCUGAAGUUUGCCCCAGCGCAUCUCCCACCCAAACAGAGGCUAUCCAGGACUCUGGCGCUGCUCCGGCCCCCUUUGUCACCCCCGACGACGUGGUGGUCCAGGGACCUGCUGCCAUCCCUGUCCCAUCCUUCUCAAUAGACAAAGUAUCUUGUCUAUUGAGCGCAGGAGGCCCCCCUGCACCCAUGCCAUUGGGAACAGAGGCCAGCCUGAAGUCCCAGUGUGUCACUGACUGCAAGGGGCAGUUGCUCCCAGAGCCCUCGAGGGAGGAGGAGGAGGAACAGGCCCUGGCUGCAGACCUGGAGAUUUUCCUGGACACCCUGCGGAGCAUGGAGCCCCCUGAGAUCCUCCGCACUCACCGGCUGCCCCGAGCCCCCCGUUCCUCCUACCUGGCCAUGUAUGCUACCCUGCCGGCCAUUGAGGAGAGUCCGCCAGGGCCCUGGGUGAUGGGGCCCAGCCCCCAGGAGGUACCAGCCCUAGAAGAGGAGGAAGAGGAAGAGGAGGAGGAGGAGGAGGAGGAGGAACCUGAGAACCCCUACCUGAGUGACGAGGAGAAGCUCCAGCACAGGCAGGAGAAGGCUGGGCCCAGCCCCUCUUGGGACCCCCUCCCUGCCAGGCCUCCCCAGAACUUCCGCUCCCCUCUGGAGAUGAUGAAGCAGCAUGUAGCUGGCACCAAGAGCUCCCCCCUGGGGCAGGCGCUGGAGGGCCAGGCCAGCAACAGACCUACUUCCCGGCUGGGAGGCAGCCUUCUGUUUGGAGGUCUGGUGCCUCCUGCCAAGGAGGCCCCUGCCCCGGAGCCCCUGGGCACAAAGCUAUCUGCUCUGACGCCCCAUGCGCCUCCGGGGCUCAGGAGGGUGUCUGGACAGUUGGCCCUGCUCUGCAGUGAAAGUUCAGCGCCAGAGAAGCUCACCCAAGCCCAGCCCCUGGAGAGAAGGAGCCCAGCACUGAAGACCCAGGGCAAACUGAACACCAGGCCUGGAAAGAUGAUUCUGUUCUCGGAGCCCAGCUGCCAGGGCAGCAGCAAGGAGGUCUGGGAAGAUGUUGCCAACACAUCUGGCUGGCCCCCAGUGGCCUCUGUAAGGGUGGUGCGAGGCUGCUGGGUGCUCUAUGAAGAGCCGGGGUUCCAGGGCCGGAAGCUGGCCCUGCCCGAAGGAGACGUGGAACUCCAAGCCUCAAGGCCCGAGUGGAACCCCAAGAGCAUCGGCUCCCUGAGAAGGGUUGUCCAGGAUUACAGCAUCCCAGAGAUCAGCCUGUUUUCUGAGGAGGGUCUCAAAGGGGAGCAUGUGAAGCUAACCCAGGCCUUGGAGGACCCCCAGGGUUUGGGGCAUCCCCUGCAGGUGGCCUCUGUCGCUGUCUCAGCAGGACUGUGGCUGCUGUACCCCAAACCCUCCUUUGGAGACACUCCCUGCAUCCUGGAGCCUGGGGAGUACCCCACCUUGGAGGCCUGUGGCACAGCCAGCCCCAUCCUUGGCUCCCUGAAGCCUCUGACACUGGGAUGCCCUAGCGUGGAGCGGCCUGGGGAGCCCAAGGCUGUGGUGUUUGAGGCCCCAGGUUUUCAGGGCCAGAGCUGGGAAGUGAGUCGUGACAUCUACAACCUGAGGCAGCCAGAAGACAGCAAGAGCCCCCACCUGGCCUCUGUAGGGUCCCUGCGGAUCCUCGGGGGCUGCUGGGUGGGCUAUGAGAAGGAGGGCUUCCGGGGCCACCAGUACUUGCUGGAGGAGGGGGAAUACGCUGACUGGUCACACUGGGGAGGUUUCGACGAGGUGCUGGCUUCCCUGCGGGUCAUCCGUACGGAUUUCGGGGACCCGGCUGUGGUGCUGUUUGAAGCCAUGGAUUUCGAGGGGCCCGGCGUGGAAGUGAGCGAGGCGUUGGCAGACGUGGAGCUGGCUGGACACGCACCGUGCACGCAAGCUAUCCAUGUGCUCAGCGGCGUGUGGGUGGCCUAUCAGGACGUGGGCUUCUCCGGGGAGCAGUACGUGCUGGAGAAGGGAGUGUACCGCAACUGCGAUGACUGGGGCUCGGGCAACAGCGCCCUCGCCUCGCUGCAGCCGGUCCUGCAGGUCGGGGAGCACAAUCUGCACUUUGUCUCAAAGAUCCAGCUUUUCUCGGGUCCCGACUUCCUGGGAGACCACAUCUCGUUCGAGGAUGAUCAGGCCUCUUUGCCCGCCUCCUUCCAGGCCCAAUCUUGCCGUGUCCACGGCGGCAGCUGGAUCCUGUUUGAUGAGAAGAACUUUCAGGGUGACCAGUACAUUCUUUCUGAGGGCGAGUUCCCCACGCUCACGGCCAUGGGCUGUCUGGCCUCCACGGUCCUGGGCUCUCUCCAGAAGGUCCCUCUGCACUUUUCCGAGCCCUCUCUUUUCCUGUACGGGCUGGAGUGCUUCGAGGGGAAGGAGAUUGAGCUCAGCGGUGAGGUGCGGAGCCUGCAAGCUGAGGGCUUCAACAACCACGUGCUGUCGGUGCGGAUCAAGGGGGGCAUCUGGGUGCUAUGUGAGCACAGUGACUUCCGGGGCCGCCAGUGGCUGGUGGGCAGCUGUGAGAUCACCAACUGGCUGACGUACAGUGGGACGCAGAGGGUGGGCUCUCUCUACCCCAUCAAGCAGCGCCGGGCUUACUUCCGCCUCUGGAAUGCAGCCUUGGGGGGCUUCCUGGCAGUGCCGGACCACGUGGAGGACAUGAAGGCAGGCCGGGUGGUGGUCUCUGAACCCCGAGCUGGAGGCAGCUGCAUCUGGUACUACGAGGAAGGACUACUAAAGAACCAGGUGGCCCCCACCAUGAGUCUGCAGGUGAUCGGGCCCCCCAGCUCGGGCUCCAAGGUGGUGCUGUGGGCUGAGAGCCGCCUGCCCCGCCAGACGUGGAGCAUCAAGGAAUCAGGCCACAUCUGCAGCCAGAUGUUUGAGGACAGGAUCCUGGAUGUCAAGGGAGGCCGGGGCUAUGACCGGGACCAUGUGGUGCUAUGGGAGCCCACCAAGGACAGGGCCUCCCAGAUCUGGACCAUCCACGUGCUUUGAGCUCCACCACCACCGGGGCCUUGGAGGCUGUUGCUGAGACGAACUUGCCUUUACAGGUUUUGUUGUUGUUGUAACAUAAGCUAUUUUCUAAUAUACUCCUGCGUACCCUCA